AUGCGACGCAUGACCUCGGACUACACGGACACGCCACUGUGGCAGCAGAUCUUGCGCUUUGUGGUACCCAUCACUGCGACAUAUGCCUUGGAGGGCGCAGCCACAUUGGUGCCCAUUUGGGCUGCGGCGCAUGGUGGGAACCCCACGGAGGCUGAGGCCACACGCCGGGUGGGCGCGGUGGGGCUGGGCAAUACCGUGGUGAUUUGUGUGGCGCUCGUGGUGAAAUCGGGAUGGACUGGUGCUCAAGAUACGCUGGUGUCACAAGCUCAUGGGCUGAAAGAUCAUCGAAAGGCACGGGAUCAUCUCAACUGCUGCCAGAUUUGGAUGGUUUUCCUGGCGGCCAUUUGCUCCCUGCUGCUGCUCUCCACUGAGCAGAUGUUGAUUCUCACGGGCUGCGCCACCGAGCAGCUAGCUGCUGAUACCUUCAGAUAUGUUCUGAGUUGCAUCCCCGGCGUCUGGCUGGAGUUUCAGUAUGAUGCUCUCAGGAAGUUCCUAAUGAAUCAGCAGAUCCCUUCGCCAGGCUUCUGGGUUCUAGUUGGUGCGGUGCCUGCGCACUGGGCCAUGUGCGUUGUGCUCCUGAACCAGAUCCAUGUUUGUGAUCCGCUCGUGGCCAUUGGAAUCGCCUUCUCGGUGAAAUCGGCCGUGUCCUUCCUCCUCCUUGCAGGCUACAUGAGCUUUCUUCAACCAACCCCCAGCUGCAUUGGCUGGUGGCGCAUCUGGAGUUGCAGCGCGGGCGCCGGAGGCUUGGCCUCCUAUGCCACCAUCGCGGUGCCCAGCGUGGCCAUGUACGGUUUCGACUGGUGGGCCUAUGAGAUGCUCACCUUGUUAGCCGGUGGCUUGCGCUCAGACACCCAGCUCGCGGCGCACGUGGCGGCCACCACCGCCUCGGACUGGGCCUUCCUGGUGGUGCGCGGCGCGCCCAAGGCGGCCACCGCGCUGGUGGGUGCCGCCGCGGGGCGGGAGGAUGUGGGACGAGUGAGGAAAGUGGUACGUGCUUGUUUGCUGCUCACCUUUGUAAUGUGCAGCGGUCUCUCAGCGAGUUGCUGGUUUGGCCGGCAGCACUUGACCCACAUGUUGCUACCGGACGAGCGAGAGACGCAAGCGAUCUUCGGGAAAUUGUUGGUUUGCGUCUUGCUGUCGCUGCUGGCCGAUGGCUUCAACAGCUGCUGCAGUGGGAUUUUUGCGGGUUUAGGUCGUCAGGGCGCCGUAUCUGCCGGAUUGUUUGCCUUUCAAUGGGUGGUACAGCUACCCCUCGCCUGCUUCCUGGGAUACCACUUCGACAUGGGAGCACUGGGUCUUCAUGUGGCCUCAUGUGUGGCUUCCGUGUUGAACAGUGUCUACAACGCGCUUCUCAUGAAGCACUGCAUUAAGGGCCUGGGCCCGGAAAUGCCGGUGAAGGAGUACGAAAUGCUCCAGUCCCGACGACCACUGGAAGCUUCGAGUGCUGCAGCUCUUCUGGGUGGGGGGUACCUGCGGGCACUCUUCACGGGUUUCUCGGACACCGGUGAGGUCGGUGGGGUGAACUCCUGGGACCUUGGAGUCGACGCGGACGUGUCGGUCGGUCGAGAGGUGCAUGAGGAUGCGACCUUGCUUGACUUGUUGUGGGGGUUCUUGUUGGACCUUCCAGUGGACUCCAGCACAUCCAGCUGGAACGUGCUGGCGGGCUACUUCUGUGGCGUCGUGCUGGCGUUAUUUCACCACCUUCCUGGCCAGGUGAUUGGCUACCUGCGCACUCGAGGCGAUGCGGUCUUUGCAAACUUCAUGCUCUUCUUGGGGACCAGGUGUAUUGCAGAGCUCUUUGUGGCUUUGCUGCUGACUGAGUCGGAGGAGGGAAUGCUUUUCCCCCUGGAGGGCUUGAUGAUUCGCUUGGUCGAGCAGUUCCAAGGCGCUCGCCCUGAUGGGGAUGACGCGGAUGAGAACUUAGCCUUGGUCAUCAAGACCCUUGUAUCGCAGGCAUGCCACGGUCUUCGUUUCGGUGCAGCGAUCCUGGAGCAAAUAUCCUCAGCCAAUGUGGUUGCGACGUUGCUGGACAAGGUCGUGGACCUGGGCUCCCCAGUCGGACCGGGUUUGUUCAUGUGGUUCGGUGCUACAUCGGAGAACACCACCGGGCGCCCCGCCGGGGCCGAUGCGACGCACCGGCUGAGCGUUUUCGAGGCGUCGGUGUUGUCACUGAGCAUCUCCCGGCUCUUCUGCUUGUCGUGGGGGGCGCCCAAGCGUGGCGAAGCACGCGGGGAAGCCGCCGUUUGGGGCGGCCCCGGAAAGCGCGUGGACGCACGCCGGGGAGACCGCGCCGUGACACGCACGGCACACAAGAAGGGAUUCGUUCAAGAGGGCCAGACUGUUGUUUUUUUCUGGAUUGGAGGUUUCGUGGCCUGGGUGGAUCUCGAGGGUCUUGGCUUCGUUCUGUGGCUGAAUACGCCAGGGGCAUUUGGAGCAUUAGAACGGUCAAAGAUGUCCAUAACGGUGUGGACGACUGAAGAUGCUGCAGAUAAGGCCGAUAAAAUUGCAGCUGCAAGUAAGACCUUGCCAGAUGCAGAGGUGAGCAUCGAGCCGAUCAAGAGCUACUACUGGUGGGAUGGCAAGGUCAACUUCGAUCCUGAGUGGAGAGUUGUGGUAACCACCACUGCUCCCUUUGAGACAGCGAGAGAUAUCAUCUCCAAGGUGCAUAGCUAUGACACACCGAUGAUCAUUUACGACCUACCGAAUGAUUUCACCGAGCAGCCGUACUGGAAGGGGAGCCUGACGCUGUCCAGCUCCCACGAAGCCAUCCAACUGGCGGAGCGGCUCGUGGAGCAACGGCUCGUGGCGUGUGCUCAGGCGUCGGACUCAGGUCAAUUGGCAGUGAAGACGCUGAACAAGUGCAAAACUUUGGUGGAAGGCAGUGCUGGGGUGAGCGUCGCAUGGUCAGCCAUUGGUGGAAACGAAGGCUAUCUCAAGUGGUUGGAGGACGAGUGUGUGGGGGCCAAGUGA